AUGGAGAGCUGGGUGGAAGAGGGCUGGAGGUUUGAGCAGGAGGUGCUGGGGGCCCCUGUUUCCCUCCCUCCUGGGGCUCCAGUGGUUGAGGCUGUUCCAGUAGCUCUGGCAGUGCCAGCUGUGCCCGCGGUGCCCCCAGUCCCAGUGAUCCGGCCCAUUAUUGCCACCAACACCUACCAGCAGCUGGCCAGCGACUUCCUGGGGAGGUCCAGCACUGCUGCAGCCACCGUCGUGGCCCCCAUUGUUGCCCCCCCGGUGCCGUUUGUGGGACCAGUGAACUUCAGCGCUGGCGAGAGGUGCCGGAUCGACAGCCCCGAGAGCCGAAGCCCCCUCUUCAUCCGCAGGGCAGUUGUCCCUCCACAGAGGCCUCCCAUCCUUCGGCCAGCCUUUGUGCCUCACGUCCUGCAGCGAUCCGCAGGUGCUCCCAGGCCCCUGGCAAUGCGCCCGCCUCACCACCCUGCUAUGGUGGGGCCCCCCAUGCCCGGUCCUCAGGGCCCACAGAUGAUGAUGGGCCCCCCCAUGCAAAGGCCCCCUGGCCCACCCCUAGGGCCCAUAGGACCGAUGAGGACUGGCCCUCCGGUGGGACCCGGGGUCCCCGUCGGCCCGAUCACACCUCUCAUGUCGGAACUCCCCGCCACUGGAUGCUGCUGGGGGUUAACUAGAGGGCGCGUUCCAUGGAGCAGGUGCUGGGCCAUGGCAGAUGAUGCUGCGAGCACAGGCAGCCUUGACCUGGCCCUGCCCCUCUCACUCCUCCCCUCCUCCAUGCCAGACGACUUCCGGAUCUUCUGCGGGGACCUGGGCAACGAAGUGAACGACGACAUCCUGGCCAGGGCCUUCAGCCGCUACCCGUCCUUCCUCAAAGCCAAGGUGAUCCGGGACAAGCGCACCGGCAAGACCAAAGGCUACGGCUUCGUCAGCUUCAAGGACCCCAACGACUACGUCCGCGCCAUGCGUGAGAUGAACGGGAAGUACGUGGGCAGCCGCCCCAUCAAGCUGCGCAAGAGCAUGUGGAAGGAUCGCAACAUCGACGUGGUGCGCAAGAAGCAGAAAGAGAAGAAGAAGCUGGGCCUGAGAUAGCGAGGGGGGGGCAGGGCCUGUGCUC